UAUAGAUUUCCUGAAAAAAGUGAUGUACGGCAAAAAUGGAUGUCGGCUAUUGGAGUGACAUCAAUACCGAAAUACGCACGAAUUUGUAGCGAUCACUUUGAACCACACUCGUACCACCAAACUGAUGGUUACACAACUAUAAGAAGACUACUAUCAAAUGCAGUUCCUAAAUGUACAGAAAGUAAACCCAGCACAAGAAGGAUAUUAUCUAAUAUUUCAAAUGAAGUUGUGUCAGGGAGCGAAGCCAAUUCAACAGAGUUAUAUAGUAAAUAUUCCAUUCAAAAUAUUGUUAUAAUGGACCACGAUUAUAUGACCACGAUUUCAUGCACUGAUGAGAACAGACCUUCAAAUAAUUUGGAGAAUGAUAAUAAACAGCAAUGUGGUGGUGAUACCAAAGAGAAAGUGUCUGAUUGUACACAAAGUUUAUUAAUAAGUGCAAUACAAGAGCAGUCAUGUGAAACAAGUGCGGUAUUAGCGAGUUCAAGCAACAGUAGUGUCGGUAGUCAGAGUUUAAAAAAGAAGCGGUCUAAUAACGAUAUUUCAAAUGCAAAUCCAAACAAGAAAUUUUGUUUCACGGAUGGAGUACAGCAUGGUUAUGUAUCAAGAGCAGACUUUGUCUCAGAUGAAGCAUGGAACCGUUUUAUAAAGUUAAUGAUGUACAAAAAUCGUCAAAUUUCUACUAGUCGUAGGAAAUGCCUUAGGAACAAGAAGAAAAUUUGUAGUUUUAAAAAACUUGUUAAAGUUUUAAAGAACAAACAAGCUACAACUGCAGCUGACUACUUG